AUGUCGGACCUUGUGCGCGACUCAUCGUUCUGCGUCACCAAAAGGACGUGGACUCUCAAGGCUUCCGCGCCAACGAGCAUCAGGCGUCUCUAUGUACCGUUGAAGAAUUUCACCGCAGAGGAUCUCCCGGGUCUUGUCGCCAACUUCGAGCGCAACGGCAUACAAGGGUUUCCUCCAGCUUCUGAUAGCCGGGCGCUCUCGAGCUUCAGUAGCUCUCGUGCAUCGUUUUCUGAUUUCUUGAAUGGCCGGCUGCCUCUCUCUCAACGCGCCCAACAACCUCAGCGUCUGGGCCAAUAUAUCAGCAGAGGUCACUGGAUCUUUCAGUAUCUUCACGCAAAUCAGGACGAAGAAGGCGAAUUUGACUGGUGCGACUUCAGGGAACGGAGGGCUUCGUCUGUCUUUUCCAGGGAGAGUACACCGAGACAAGCGUAUCCUUACAACCCCAUGGUGGUUUCGGACGCGGACGGCUAUCUCCCUCAGCGAGGAACUUCGCUGUCAAGAGAAGCGUCCCUUACUCAAAUCGCUGCUGCUUCACGCGCGCCCACCCCUCUUCGUCAUGCCACCCUGGAGAUCGCACAAGUCCCGGCACGUAGGCCGUCAAUGGAUGCCACGCACCAGCCAGCCACAGCGACUUCUACACACGACGACCUCACCGCAGGACCUUCAAUCGCCGAUCCUGCCGAGGGUCGCCGUUAUCCAGCUCGAGAUCGCCGUCCUCCCAAGCCUCGCUACGACCCCGUUAUCCCUGCCAGGCGGUCCACUAAAUCGACCUCCCGACGUAGCUCGCCAGUGAAAGCAAGUUUAACUAAGAUUAAGGAGGCCGAUCUUGCCUGCCAUAGGUGCUCCAAAGACUUCAAAACGGAAUCUAUUCUUCGUAAGCAUAUGCAGUCGUGCGGCCUACCUUCAGCAGGCAACUAG